CCAUGAUCCGAGGAAACCCAAGAGACGAAGACUCAGAAGUACAUCCGUCCCACUGAACAGCUCCAGUUUCUAUCCGGCACUCGAGUACGGUGAUCGAAAAUCGCGCACGCAAAGCAAAAAGGAGUAUCUCGGACAUGGGAAGAAGCCCUUGCUGCGCGAAAGUGGGCUUGAACAGAGGAGCUUGGACAGUUCAAGAGGACAGAAUUCUUGUUGAUUACAUCCAAUCCCACGGCGAAGGAGGUUGGAGGAACCUCCCCAAGAAAGCAGGCUUGAAGAGAUGCGGCAAGAGUUGCAGGCUCAGGUGGUUGAACUAUUUGAGGCCCGACAUCAAGCGAGGCAACAUAACAGCGGACGAGGAAGAGCUCAUCAUCAGGCUUCACAAUCUCCUGGGGAAUAGGUGGUCUCUGAUCGCGGGGAGAAUCCCAGGGCGAACAGACAAUGAAAUAAAGAAUUACUGGAACACCAUUGUGAGCAAGAAGGUGAAACACCAGCCAAAGCCAUCGAAAGAGACCAAACUCACCAAGUCGAAGGUCAUCGCCAUGUCUCGACCAGCAACCCAAGUGGUGAGGACUAAGGCCUUGAAGUGCUCCAGGGUUUUGUUCCUCAAUCCUCCAAGCCCGCCCCCAAGUCAUGCAAGCAGCAACAUCAUCCAAGCGGACACCGACCCCGCGACCCAAACCAAUGCCAUGCCUGUGGUGAAGAGCAAAAAUGCAGAUGGCAAAGUACCAUGUCUUGCUGGAGGAGAAGAUCAUCUAGCAACGGACUUUGAUUUCAGCGAGAUUGACUUGUCAGAGUUCCUGAACUCCGACUUGUCGGACAAGUUUCGCUGCUUCGACGGUUGCAACUAUGGCUCCUAUAAUAAUACCUCAUUAACUUCUAAUUCUUCUUCGGAACAAGCCAUGAUGUUUUCAGAGGAGAUGGUUCAGAGUUGGAACCUCGGUGGGUGUGCCAAGAUCAAGCAAAUGUGGGGUCCAAUGUUCAAUCUCUCUCUCCACUUCUUGAUUGCGACAAAGGGGAAUGGCUGGCCAGUGGAGUUAUUUGAAUAAAGGAGAGGGACUUCUAUAGAGCAUGUACCAAUGUAUACAGUAGCAAUAGCUAAAAAAUAAAAUAAAAUAAGACUAUUUGGGGGAGGGUAACAUAUGAGCAUCGCACUUUUUCUCC